GUGUUGAGAAUUGAGGUGCUAACACAUGUUUGAUCCGGUUAAAAAUUAUGGCGGCAUCAAAAAUACUUAUAACUACGUUAUUAUUAAUAUUAUUAACAUUACAUAAACAAAUUGAAGCAUCACGUUUAAAUGUACCAAGAGUUUUAUUGCCAAUAUUCAAUGAUUUUCCAGUCAACUUUACCCUGGAAGUCACCGAGGGAGGUUGUUAUCAAUGGUCAACUGCACGUCCAGAUAUUAUAAAUUUAAUUCCAAUGAAUGAAAAUCCUGAACGUACCUGUUCAUCAGCAGUACUUGUCCAAAGUGUAAUAAAAGAUCCAACAAGAAAUACAGCAAUAGUAACAGCUGAAGAUAUAAAAACUGGUGAAUUUUUACGUUGUGAUGUUAUUGUUGAUGCAAUUAAAUCACUACGUCUUAUAACAACAACAAGAGAAUUAUUUAUUCGUGAGACACCAGAAGCAUUUGAAGUACGUGCUUAUGAUAAUCAAGAUAAUGAAUUUACAACAUUAGCUGGUAUUGAAUUUGAAUGGUCAAUUGGAAAUGGGGAAAGACGUAUUGUCAAUGCUGAUGAGCCAACAAAUGAUAAUGAUAUAUUAAAGUUUAUGACAUUUAAAGGCUCACGUUAUGAAACACCAAGAGCAAUAUCAAUGUUUGAUGGUAGUGGUAAAUUUGGUAGUGUUAUUUUACUUGGUGGUGUUAAAACUGGUACAGCACAUGUAUCAACAAGGCUACCAUACCCUGAAUACAAUCAUGUACCAUCAGUUGAAGUUGAACUAAUUGUCGUUGCAAAUUUAAUAAUUUUACCAACUGAUAUUACAAUAAUGCAACAUGAUUGUGUUGUUUAUAAUGUUGUACAAGUACAUCAAGGAAGAUUAGAACAAAUUAAUUUAUCAUCUAGUCAAUAUUAUUUAAAGACUCAACAUACUGAUAUCCUAGAAAUUGAUAAUUCAAAUAAUGGAAAAGCAUAUGCAAUUACAAAUGGUGUUGCCAAAGUUUUACUUGGUGAUAAAAAUGUCAAUGAUGAAUAUGGCGUUGUAUUACCAAGUGCAAAUGUACAUGUUACAAAUGUAAAAUAUAUAACAAUAACAUUAUUACCAAAUAAAAAUAAAUACAUGAUACUUGGACAAAAACAAGAAAUAGCUGUUGAAUUAUAUGAUGAAAAAGAUCAUAAAUUUUAUAUUGGUAAUGAUGUUAAAAUAACAAUUGACAUUGAAAAUAAUUUUAUUGAUACAAAGCUAACAAGUCAAAAUGGUAGUUAUAUUAUUGGUAUACCAAUUGCAUGUGGUACAACACGUAUUAAAGCUCAUUUACAUGGUAUUAAAAAUAAAUAUGGUAAAAAUAUAUUAUUAAAAAAUUCAUUACAUACUGAAAGUGAAUUUAUAAUUCAUAAUCCAGUUAUUGUUAAGCCAAAAAUAUUAACAGUACCAUGGGAUCCAAAUAAUAAAUCAAGAUUUGAUAUUGCAUUAAAAGCAAGUGGUGGUGAUGGUACAUAUACAUGGACAUCAAGACAAUCUGAAAUUGCAGCAGUUAGUCAACAUGGUGUUGUUAGAAUUUUAAAUCAAGGUAGUACAAAUAUUAUUGCAUCAAUGACUAAAAAUUCAUGGAAUCGUGAUACAACUAUUUUACAUGUUAUGCUACCAACACGUCUUGAAAUUAUUGAUAAACAUAUUGAUGCUGCUAUUGGUGAGGCAAUACCAUUGCACAUUGCAUUGUAUGGAAAAAUGAUGUCUAGUUCUAGUGACUCAUCAGACAAUAGUAAUAAUAAUGAAAUACCAUUUACUGAUUGUCGUGAUACAUUAUUUGAUAUUUAUAUAUCAAAUAGUAAUUUUAUUAAAAAUUCAACUAGCAAUACAAUUGGUGUUAAAUUAAUUGGUAAUUCAUGUACGAGUAUAAGUGUUAUUGGUACAAAUAUUGGUACAUCAACAAUAACUAUUUCGUAUAAUUUAAAUGGACAAUAUUUUAUGGAUUCUGUUGAAGUAUCAGCGUAUGAGCCAUUAGUAUCAGUUUAUCCAUCAACUGGUGAGACAUUAUUGGCUAUUGGUUCAUCGAGAAAUAUAUUAUUCAAAGGUGGACCACAGUCAAUAGCAACAACAACACGUGAUACUACAAUUGCUAAUGAAUAUAAUCAACAUGUUACAAUUUCUAAUGAAGAUGUUGUUAGAUUAAUUGAAAAUGAUAAUACUGAUACAACUGAACACUUGGAUGUUUAUGUUUUUAAAAUUGUUUGUCAGGCAAUUGGUGAGGCUGUAUUAAAUUUUAAAAUAACAAAUAAAAAACAAAUUUGUUAUGAUAAUAAUUGUCAUAAUUAUGGUGCAAGUUCAUCAGUUAAAAUAACAUGUGGUAAACCAAGAUAUAUUUAUUUACAACCAGAAUUUUCAGACAAUGAAAAUUGUCCAAUUGCUAAAACAAAUGAUAAAAUAAUGGCACAUUAUGAUAAACCAUUAAAAAUUAUUGUCACAGUUAAAGAUGAAAAUGGUAAAUUAUUUGAUAAUAUAAGUAGUUUAAAUAUUGAAUGGAAUAUUAAACCAACAAGUAAUGGAAUUGUACAAAUAACAAAUGGAAUAAUUGAAGAUACAUUUAUUGAUUAUAAUACAGUAUUUAUUAAAAAUCAUUAUCAACUAUUUAUACCAAAUAAAAAUACUGGAACAAUGACAAUAAGUACAAAAAUAACUGAUUAUCAAAAAUAUAUACUUGCUAAAUUAAAAAUAGCACCAGAAUGGCCACCAUUUUCAACGCUAAAUGACAAAGGACAAUUAGCAACACCAUUGAUAAAAUAUGAAAUUAAUAUUAUACUUGUUAAUGAUACAAUUAUAAAACCAGAUGUCAUUAAAAUCUUGAAUGAUCAAAAUAUAAAAUACUCAUUACAAGUUAGUCAAGGAUCUGGUUAUUAUGAAUUUUUAUUAAGUACAAAUGAUAUUGCUGAUAUAAGAUAUAUUGAACCAACAAAAACAAUAUCAAUAAUACCAAAAAAAUCUGGUACAUUAGAGUUAUCACUUGUUGAUCUUUGUUUAGCAUCAAAACCAGCAGUAUCAAUUAUUCAUGUACAACAAUUAGCUGGUAUUGAGAUUGACAGUGUUAAUAAAGUUGAAAAAGGAAAAUGUAUAAAAGCAAGUAUCAAAUUAUUUGAUACAAAUGGACAGCUAAUAAAAUUACCAUCAAUUGAAUUAUUUGAUUUACGUUUAGAAGUUGAAAAUUCAUUUAUUGAUAUUAAACCAUUAGCUGUAAAUGAUCAAGAUAAUGUUGAUGACGAUGAUGAUGAAGAACAAAAAAUUAUAUACGUUAUUAAUGGAAUUGAAGAGGGUGAAACUAAGAUAACAUUUAUAAGUGGUUAUAAUGACAAUGAAAUACGUAGUGAAUAUUUAACAAUACAAGUAUUUUCACCAUUAAAAAUAAAUAAUAAAAAUGUGACAUUAUUAAUUGGUAGUGUACAUCAAGUAUUGACAACUGGUGGACCAUCAAAUGCUGAUAUUGAAUUUACUAUAUUUGACGAUAAUAAUCAUGAUGUUAUUGUUCCAAUUAAUGACAAGUUUGAUAUCUUUGAAGGUAAAUCAAUUGGUAAAACAUUAAUAAUUGCAAAAUCAAUUGGUAAAGAUAGUAGAGGUAAUAGAGUUAUAUAUUCACAAGAUAGUGCUGAAAUAACAGUGACAUUAUUAGAAGGUAUACGUAUUGUAUCACCAACAACAAGAAUUAAAGUUGGUGCAACAAUACCAUUAUGGGCAUUUGGAAUACCAGAUAAUAUUAAUCCACUUAUUAUUGGAUCAAUAAAAUCACCACAAAUAACAUUCACUUGGCUAUCAAGUGAUACAAAUAUUCUUGCAUUAAAUAAUAUGUAUGAUGGUACUGGUAUUAAUAUACGAUAUGAAAAUACAGUAACACUCAGAGCAAAAGCAUUAAAACCAGGCUUUGCAACAAUUUAUUUAAAUGCAACAAAAAUUUCUCAUGAUAAUGACAAUGAUAAUAAUAAUCGUAAUCAAAUUAAUGACGAUGGAACAUAUAGUGCAUCAUUAAAAAUAGAAAUAAUUGAUGAAUUUUAUUUAUUAAAUCCUGAUAUUAAAAAUUCAAUUCCAGUUAUUAUGAUGACACCAAAUUCAAGUAUUAAAAUUAAAACAAAUCGUGAUAGACAUGGUAGUACAAGUUAUAAAAUAAUAACAACAACUGGACAAAGUGGUGAUUCAAAUGAUACAAAUAUAUUAUCAUCAUCAACAACAACAACAUCAUCAACAUCAUCUUCAUCUUCAUCAAAACUUGUUAAUAUUGAUAAAAGUGGUACAAUAAAAUCUGGUGAUAAUUAUGGUAGAACAAUUCUCGAUAUAACAAAUAUUGAAUCAUAUAAUUUAAAACAAUCGAUGACAAUUGCAAUUGAAAUAAAACCAAUUCAUUAUAUGAUGCUAUCACUUGAUCCAAAUAUUAAAAUACGUUCUGGUGAAGAAUUAAAUGUUCUACCAAAAGGAAUGGAAUUAAAUUAUAUCAUUGAAUAUUUUGAUAAUUAUGGUAAUAAAUUUCAUGCAAGUGAUAAAAAAAUUAACACAAUAACAAAUCGUAAUGAUUUAAUGAAAUUUUUAAAUUCAUAUGAUGAUAAUAAUAAUAAAUUAUCAAUAUUAUUUAUUGAUAAUGGUGAAGUUAUUGUUAAAUUAUAUAAUGAUAAAAUAUAUGAUUAUGGACAUAUGAUUAUUGGUGAUAUAUUAUUUCCAUCAAAAACAAUAUUAACUGUUGGUGAUAUUGUUUGUUUUUCAAUGCCAAUGAUUGCAUCUAAAACUGGUGAUCUUGGAUUUUGGCAAUCAUCAAUACCACAAGUAUUAUCUGUUGAUGGUAUAACUGGUAUUGGUACAGCUAAAAAAAUUGGACAUACAAUUGUUAAACAUAGUUUAAAUAUUGUUAAUGAUAAUAAUAAUAAACAAAAUGAAAUUGAAGUUAUUGUACAGCCAAUAUCAAAAAUAACAUUGAUAUUAUUAAGAGGUAAAAAUAUAACUGGUACAGAAAUAUUUAGUGUACCACUUGUAUUAAAAAGUCGUGAUGAAGGAGUUAAAGAAAAUAAUAUAUUAGCAAGAGGACUUGGUGGUUGUAGAACACAUAAAACAUUUAAUGUUGAUUCAUUUCCAUUUACAUGUAAAAUACAAUUUACAUCAUUAAAUAUUGCAUCAUCAAUUAAUAUUAAUGAUAUAUUAUUAACAAAACCAAGAUUUGAUAUUAUAAGUGGUUUUUAUUAUUGUGAUAUAAUACCAAUUGGUACAUCAACAUUAUUAUCAAGUACACUUGAUACUAAAAUACAAAUAAAUGCAUAUAGUCGUGAUGUUGAAGGUAAACCAUUAGAAAUAACAUAUUUACCAUCAGCAUAUAUUGAAACAACAGAUAUAAUAUUUUAUUCAUCACAACAAACUAAAAGUUCAGCAUCAAUUGGAACACUUGAUAUUUAUGGUUUAACAAUUGUAUUAAAUCAAAUAUAUAUUGAUUUACCAGAUGGUAUUGUCAUUGAUACAAAAGAAUAUUUAAAUAAAAAUAAGCUACAAUUUAAAUUACGUCUUAUUCAACAACAUGAUGAUUUACAAGGACAAUAUUUAACUGUUGGUAAUUCAUUGACUAAACAAAAUAUAACAAUACUCAUUAGACUAUCUAAAAAUCAUCAAUACGCACAAUUAUCAAAUGUCAAAUGGAUCAAUUAUAUGUAUUAUCAUCGUUAUACAUUUACGACAUUGAUUGUAUUAAUUAUAACAGUUAUUUAUGUGUGGAAAAAAAAAAUAUCAAGUGUUGAUAUAUCAGUUAAUAAUACAAGUAUAUUUGCUGAUAAAUCAACAUUGUCUUCAGCAUCACCAACAGCACCAUCAUCACCACCACCAUUACAAAGAUUCCCAGAACAAAGAAUGACUGGCUGUUUAAAUUCAUCAUUUGAUAAUUCACGCACAAGUACAGGCCUACAGCUAACACCUGAUACAUCAUUGAGACCAUUUUCAGCAUUUGAAGCUGUUUAUGGUGAUCCACGUGUUUUUUAUACUCCAAAUUCAAAACGUAAUGUAUCACGUUUAUCUCCAUAA